UUAACCAUCAAACAUGAAUUCAAACAAAAUUCACAGCUUGUUUUCGAACAGAAACUUAAAUAAAGAAACUCAUACAAAAAAGUUCAAUAGAAUAAUCCAUUGACAUUGAGCACAAAAAAUUAAUAGAAUUAGCCACAAGAGCUGAAAAGGUGGGCUAUUUGGAUUAGUAGAGUGGUAGCCCUAAAUUUCUCUUAGUGGAAGAAUAGGGUUUUGGGAAAUGGUCAAUGAAAACAAGGGAAGAACAUGGAAGCAACCCACAAUCCCUACACCAAAUUGUUGCUCACUGGCCUCUCCGCCAUGGUGGCGGAGUCCGCCACCUUCCCCAUAGACCUCACUAAGACCAGGCUUCAGCUUCACGGCGAGUCUUCCUCUUCCUCUCGCUCCACAAAUGCCUUCAGACUCGCUUCAGCCAUUGUCAAGGACCAAGGUCCUUUUGCCCUCUACAAAGGCUUGUCUCCCGCGAUUCUCAGGCACCUCUUCUAUACGCCCAUACGAAUCGUUGGAUACGAACACCUCCGAUCCCUCUUCCUUGCGUCCGAUGCUGGCUCUGUUUCCUUCCAUUCCAAGGCUCUUGUCGGUGGAAUCUCCGGCUCCAUUGCUCAGGUAGUGGCAAGUCCUGCUGAUCUUGUUAAGGUGAGGAUGCAAGCUGAUGGGCGUCUAAUAAGUCAAGGUCUGCAACCUAGAUACUCAGGGCCUUUCGAUGCCUUGACCAAGAUAGUGCGUGGAGAAGGGGUUGUUGGACUUUGGAAAGGGGUUGUUCCAAAUGUUCAAAGAGCAUUUUUGGUUAACAUGGGAGAAUUAGCCUGCUAUGAUCAUGCUAAACGUUUUGUUAUUCAGAAUCAAAUAGCUGGAGAUAAUAUUUUUGGCCACACCUGUGCUUCUGUAAUUUCGGGUCUGUGUGCAACUGCUUUGAGUUGUCCAGCCGAUGUUGUAAAGACAAGAAUGAUGAAUCAAGCUGCUAGCAAGGAAGGAAUUACCAAGUACAACAGCUCUUAUGAUUGUCUUGUGAAGACUGUUAAAGUUGAAGGAUUGAGAGCUUUGUGGAAGGGGUUUUUUCCUACUUGGGCCAGGCUUGGUCCUUGGCAAUUUGUCUUCUGGGUGUCUUAUGAGAAGUUUCGUAAACUUGCUGGGUUAUCUUCCUUCUAGUUAUUCAAUUGCUAUGAACUUGUUGGCCUAAAAAAAACAAAUGCUAUGAACUCGUUGGAAUCGAGUUUUUUGUGCCAAACCAAGUAAACGUUAGCAGAUAAAGGGUGGGAUAUUGAUUAGCUUUGGCAUGAGCGGAAAUAGCAUUUAAGUUUAUUUGAUAUUAAAAUUGUGGUCCAUCGAAUGUAUGAUCCAAUAUUGGGAUAGAAAUAAAAUGUCAAUUUUGAUUAUUAUUA